UUAAUAACUGAAAUACUCUGAACUAUCACACCUUGAAACACCUAUCCAUGGUGCUAGUUGCAUUAUCCUCUCCCCUCCCAGGUAGGGGGAACCUCUUCUCCUCCUUACCACCCAACAACCCUUCCUCCUCUUCCUCAUCCGCCACCCCACGUCCGCCUAUCCCCAUUCCCAAAUAUCCCCCACCUCGCAAAUCACACCCCCCACCACCACCAAACCCAAAUCCCGCCCUCAAACACCACCGCAACUCCAAAUACUACAAACCCAUCACCCACCCCACCACCAUCCCUUCCUCCGACGACCGCUCCGUCAUCAUCGGCGAGUCCGGCGUCUCCUACCUUCUCCCUGGAGCUCCCUUCGAGUUUCAGUUCAGUUACUCCGAAACUCCAAAAGUAAAACCAAUUGCUAUCCGUGAACCUGCUUUCUUACCGUUUGAACCUCCCACAAUGCCGAGGCCGUGGACAGGGAAAGCACCGUUGAAGAAGUCGAAGAAGAAUAUUCCGCUGUUUGAUUCGUUUAAUCCUCCUCCGGAAGGGAUGAAAGGUGUCAAGAAAGUUGAAAUGCCGGGGCCGUUUCCGGUUGGGAAGUUUCCUGAAGAAGGGGUGAGUAGAGAGGAGAUACUUGGUGAGCCGCUUAAGAAGUGGGAGGUGCAGAUGCUUGUUAAGCCUAUGAUGGCCGAUAAUCGCCAAGUUAAUCUCGGAAGGGAUGGAUUAACACAUAACAUGUUGGAGUUGAUACAUUCACAUUGGAAGCGACGUCGCGUCUGCAAAAUUCGUUGUAAAGGUGUUCCUACCGUUGAUAUGGAUAAUGUUUGCCGCCAUAUUGAGGAGAAAGCAGGGGGGAAAAUAAUUCAUCGAGCUGGCGGUGUAGUUUAUCUUUUCCGUGGCAGAAAUUACAACUACCGUACUCGUCCACAGUAUCCAGUGAUGCUCUGGAAGCCAGCUGCUCCUGUUUAUCCAAAACUUAUACAAGAUGCUCCAGAAGGAUUAACGAAAGCUGAAGCAGAUGAAUUAAGGAUGAAAGGGAAAAGCUUGUUGCCAAUAUGUAAAUUAGCCAAAAAUGGAGUAUAUACAACACUUGUAAAGGAUGUCAGAGAUGCUUUUGAAGGAAGCCAUUUGGUGAAGAUUGAUUGCAAGGGAUUGGAUCCCAGUGAUUAUAAGAAAUUAGGUGCCAAGCUUAAGGAUUUAGUUCCUUGUGUGCUACUGUCUUUCGAUGAUGAACAAGUACUGAUUUGGAGGGGAAAAGGUUGGAAAUCAAUGUACCCUCAAGCUCCAGUUUUUCCUCCUGCUGAAGCUACCAUUACAAGGGAUUUAGAAAAUAAAGGCGAGGUGGAUGAUAAUCAAUCUAAGCACAUCAGUGAAAUGGUCAGCAUAAGCCCAAAAAUGUUAUCUCUGUGGAGGAGUGCAAUUGAGUCAAACAAAGCCUUAUUGCUAGAAGAAUUUAAUAUUGGUCCUGAUGCUCUCUUGGAGAAGGUAGAAGAAUUUGAGGGUAUUUCACAUGCCAUAGAGCACUCCUAUCCAGCAUUUACUUCUUCAAGUGACGAUGCUUUUGAACGUUCAAAUGUAUACCUUCAAGAUGGUACAGAAAACAACUAUUCAAGUGAUGGCGUAGAUGAUGUCGAUGAUUAUGAUAAUAACAGUGACGACGAAGAUGAUUAUGAUUACUACAAUGACGAAGACGAUGAGUUUAAUGAUAUGGUGGAUACAUCAGCUGAACCUGGAUCGUUACCAGUUGAUUUACUUGUUGAUAAGCUCAAACUAAGACAAAAGGAGUAAGACUUAAAUAAACCUAUAAUAACUUGUGAAGAGCUUGUGUAAAAUUGCUAAUGAUGAACGAAAGUAGUUAGUUGUAUAUAAUUAUUAAUUGGUCAUUUUUUUCAAGAAAAGUAAUUACGUGCCUUGGUAAUUU